CCAAGAAAUCAAAGUGGCCUUUCUCAAGACGUAGCACGCAGGCCAAAGGGAAGUCAAGCUCUCUGUCAGAUAUGGAGAAGCACCUGUCCAACAUGCAGGUGCAGGACUGGAGGGAAACAGAUUUUCAGAGGUACAAGGACUGCCCACUGGAAAUCUUCCUGAAGAUCCAUGGCUGUGAGGACAGAGGUGUGGACAGUACCAAGGAUUACAGGAGAGAGGAGGCAGUGUGGGAGCUCUUCACAAGCGAGUGUGUGUACUUCUUGGACCAGCUGAUGGUCCUGAAAGAGGUGUUCCUCAACACAUUGAUCAGCCUACAGAUGAGCGACUGCCUGCAGGACAUCGACCCCUGGAGGCUGUUUGCAAACCUGAAUGAGCUCUGCUUGGUAAGCUUUGACUUCCUCACCAGCCUUCUGCGAGUCAUCAAGCAGUCAUGGGCUAUCCCUGUCGCAGGGACCCCCCUCCCACUGCCCAGCCUGCUCAGUAAGGGCUUCCGAGAGAGCAUUUGCCACUGCCAGCAGAAAUACUGCCUCAAUUACUCCACGGCAACCUUUUACAUUGAGAGCCUGAAGCAGAGGGACGACUUUGUGGCCUAUAUGAAGUGGUGCGAAAGCCAUCCGGAGUGUCGACGGCUGCAGCUCCGGGACCUGCUGGUGGCCCCGAUGCAGCGUUUGACACGCUACCCCUUGCUGCUGCGGAACAUCUGUAAGCGCAGCAGCAGCGAGCAGGAGCAGCAGGCCGUAGAGACGGUGGCAGAGAUGGUGGACAGGAGCAUACAGGACCUCGAGGGGAAGGUGAAAUGGCUGGAGAACUAUCAGAACAUCAGGCAGCUGAAAGAGUGCCUGAUUUGGCCACAGGUGUGGGAGCAGAACAAGAGAGGCUUCAUCCCUGAGAAUCUGAAACAUCUUCUGAAGGCUGUAAGCCUCGACAACCUGGUGACGCAGCGGAGCCUGCUGUACGAAGGGAAGCUGUCUCUCGUAGAGAACUCAAAGUUGCGUGAGGUCUGCCUGUUCCUCUUCGAGGAGUUCCUUCUCAUCACCAAGGUCAAGAGGGGUAAAAAGCGGACUCUAGGAUCAGAGCAAAGUGGCAUGCGACCACCGCAUGUGCAGGAGCUACACACACUGCUGCAGGAGGGCUGCACUUUCACGGUGCUGGACCAGCCCAUCUCCUUGGACCGGCUACAGCUGAGGAAUGUGGACCAGCUCAAUGCCGCAGCAUCCGGGAUUCCCAACUCCUUUGUGAUUAUGCACCAGAACCGGUAUCAGCAGGUCAUUGCGGUCUUCAUCCUGCAAGCGCCAUCUGAGGCCAUUAAGAAAUCCUGGAUGUCAGCCAUAGAACGUGCCAUCGUGGCUCUGCAGGCGCAAGAUUCUCAGAAGCCCAGGGUUAAGAGUACCAAGUUCUGGCUGGAGUCCUCUCAGAUCUAGUCAGCACCAUGUCCCUAAGAAUCCUUUGCAAGAGGAAGUGGGUUCGAUUCCCACUCAGU